AUGGAAAGCGCCAUGUCUUCCGACCAAGUGCUUCGGCUCUCUCUUGCCCAACUAAAAGUUGGAAUGGAUAAGCCAACUAACAUCACAAAUGCCAUCGCAUUAAUCGAAAAAUGUGUUAAUGAAGACCACGCCGAGAUGGUGGUUUUGCCCGAGUGUUUUAAUUCGCCCUACGGAACUGGAUUCUUCUCUGAGUACUCGGAGGUCGUUCCUGGUGGAAACACCUGUCAAGAAAUGGCUGCGGUCGCUAAGAAGCACAAGAUCUGGUUGGUCGCUGGAUCAAUCCCUGAGAAAGGGUCAGACGACAAGCUUUAUAAUACAUCAGUGGUUUACAAUCCCGAGGGCGAGGUUGUAGGAACCUACCGCAAGGCUCACCUGUUCGAUAUUGACAUUCCCGGUAUGUUGUUAUUUUGCUUAUCUAUACUUUGGCAAUUCUUUGGUCUUCCAGUUUUAAUGCAUUUAGUAAUAGACACUGCUAUCUACAAGUAUUUCUUCUUCGCUACUGUUUUUUUUACUCAAAUGUUUCCCCACUACGCCUUCUUUACCGCAGGCAAGAUUAGCUUCCACGAGUCGGACACCCUGUCACCGGGUUCCAACUUCCUGUCAUUUAAGGCCAAGAACAAGGAGGGCCAUGAGUUCACCGUAGGCAUGGGCAUCUGCUAUGACAUGCGUUUUCCCGAGUUGGCCUUAAUCUACGCUCGUCAACAUGGUUGUGACCUUCUUAUCUAUCCAGGCGCCUUCAACACUACGACCGGUAAUCCGCCCCUCCUCUCCUUUUGCCAUUUGCUUACUCUCUGUAUGUGGAAUUUUGUCGCCCUUGCCCCUGGCCGGUGUAGGCACGCACCAUUCAGGGGACGAUGCGAAAAAAAUACAAAGUACCGUGUCGAAAAUCAGGACAAUUCUGGAUUUGGAAACUGCAUCUGCUUUUCUCUUGCCAUGGUGGGUGUCUACUUUACCGUAAAAAUGUACUUCAUUGCCCAUUUCCCAAAGUGUCCUCUAAUUUUCACUUCCAUUUCUACUUUGCCAGGACCGGUGCAUUGGGAACUCCUGGCUCGUAGCCGCGCUCUCGAUACCCAGUGCUACGUUGCAGCCUGCAGCCCCGCUCAGGACAAAUCUGCCUCCUAUGUGAGCCACGCGGAAUCCCUCGUCGUUUCACCCUGGGGCGCAGUUCUUGCCAACGCUGGCAAAGAUGUAAGUUUUGGUAGAGAGUCAGUGGUUUUGCUUUAA